UCUUAGUCCGGCGGACUGCGGGAGACGCAUUCUCCGGAAUUUCCAUCCAGCGAGCCGGGGACUAUUCCAACUGCUUGUUCAGGGAUCAUACAUAUCGGAGAAGGCUAUUUUAUUUACAGACCAAGAAAGCCCUUCCCCCGACCUCCGUUAGCUAAUUAAAAAUUUUCCAGGCAUAUAACCAUCACUAGUUGCAUCAUUUUUUUGGAAGACAUUCCAUUAUUGUUCCAUUGGCCUUUCCCUGACUACUGAAUCCUUUGGAUUUGAGUUAUGUCAACAGCUGCCUUGAUUACUUUGGUUAGAAGUGGUGGGAACCAGGUGAGGAGAGUGCUGCUAAGCUCCCGCCUGCUACAGGAUAACAGUCGGGUGACACCCACACGCCACAGCUCCACUUCGGAGCCCAGGUUUUCUCGGUUUGACCCUGAUGGUAGUGGGCGUCCAGCCACCUGGGAUAAUUUUGGGAUCUGGGAUAACCGCAUUGAUGAGCCAAUUCUGCUGCCGCCCAGCAUUAAGUAUGGCAAGCCCAUACCUAAAAUCAGUUUGGAAAACGUGGGCUGCACAUCACAGAUUGGCAAACGGAAAGAGAAUGAAGACAGAUUUGCCUUUGCUCAGCUGACCGAUGAAGUCCUGUAUUUCGCGGUAUACGAUGGUCAUGGAGGACCUGCCGCUGCUGACUUCUGUCACACCCACAUGGAGGAAUGCAUCAUGGAUUUGCUUCCUAAGGAGAAGAACUUGGAAACUGUGUUGACCUUGGCAUUUUUAGAAAUAGAUAAAGCCUUUUCGAGACAUGCCCACCUAUCUGCUGAUGCAACCGUUCUGACAUCUGGUACAACUGCAACGGUAGCACUGUUGAGAGAUGGCAUUGAACUGGUUGUAGCCAGUGUUGGGGACAGCCGGGCUAUUUUGUGUAGAAAAGGGAAAGCCAUCAAGCUGACCACUGACCACACUCCAGAAAGAAAAGAUGAAAAGGAAAGGAUCAAGAAAUGUGGUGGCUUUGUAGUUUGGAAUAGUGUGGGACAGCCUCAUGUGAAUGGCAGACUUGCAAUGACAAGGAGUCUUGGAGAUUUGGAUCUUAAAAACAGUGGUGUGAUAGCAGAGCCCGAAACGAAGAGGAUUAAGCUACAUCAUGCUGAUGACAGCUUCCUGGUCCUCAGUACAGAUGGAAUUAACUUCAUGGUGAACAGCCAAGAGAUUUGUGACUUUGUCAAUCAGUGCCAUGCUCCCAGUGAAGCGGCUCAUGCAGUGACUGAACAGGCAAUACAGUAUGGUGCUGAAGAUAACAGUACUAUAAUAGUAGUGCCUUUUGGUGCUUGGGGAAAAUACAAGAAUUUCGAAAUCAACUUUUCCUUCAGCAGAAGCUUUGCCUCCAGUGGACGAUGGGCCUGAUUGCUUGCUGGGAUGUUUGAGUCUCCAUGCAACAGUUUUUCACCAAGUAUAUCAAGAAACUGAUCAGAUCAAAAGGUCAAUGGUACCAGAGUGACCCUGUGACUCACUAGAUUAGUACACAAGCAAUGUCAACAUAGUAACCAUUCAUGUAGUAGUUUUUCAGAAAUGCCCAUCAUGUUUAUGUUCACCUGUACAUACUCAAUAUAAAUAUAUGUGUAAUUAUAGCUAUUGGGAGUCUCUACUUUGAGUGAGCAUAUGAGAAGUGAUUUUGAUAUACUUGCUGAUGUUAAAUUUUUAAUUUUAAAAACUCUUAGGCAGCUAUGAGCUUCUUUUGAUCAUUUUUGUUUAUCCAUUUGAACAGGUUCUCCAGGUUUUUUUAAAGUAGUAUUUUGAAAGUUACCCAAUGUGUUAUCAGCAGGUGUUUUAAUUUUUAAUAAUUAUAACAAGGAAUAAUUGUGAAAACUGAGUUCACUAUUAUUGUAUUUUGUAUCCUGGACCAUUUAACUGAUAAAUGUAAUAAUGCAAAAAAAAUUAAUUCAGAUAGUAUGAUACUACUAAAUUAUAUACAUAUUUAUAAAUGGUAUACUUGUAUAUUUCAACUCUGUGAGCAGGUUCCUCCCAUUCCCUGAUUCAUUCCUAUUCUGUAGCUAAGAAUACUAUAGAGAUAGGACUAUCCCUUCAUAUCAUAAAAGAAUGCACAGUGUGAGAGUCCUUUUGGUCAAAGCUAUACAAAGUUAAAUACCAAUGGUAUCAAGUAUCUUGUAUAAACUUUCAUUUGUUGUCUCUAAGUCUUGUACAUAGUAUGUUUAUAUCACUUUUUGUAUAGAGUAAGCAAGUUGGAUAAUUUGUCAGUAAUAAUACCAUAUUGAGGGAUACUGCUUGAGGUUUAUGUCUCCUUUUUGCCUGUUUCUAAGACUCAUAAAAAGGAUAAAUCUAAAACAUGAAAACAUUCUAUAUUUCAGCUUGCUAUGUAAUUUAGGAGUAUAAAACUAUACUUCCUUAUAUUUGCAUAUAAGUUUGCUGUUAAAAUGUGAAUUUCUAAAUCUGUGUUUGGAAUUAUAUCUGCAGUUUAUUUUUGCAGGCAGUGUAAAUUUGUUAUAUGUGUGAGUGUGUGUAUAUGUGUAUAUUUUGGGGUAACAAAAUUUAAAGGGAACAAUGCUGCAUAGCUCCUACAUUAGUUAGCUUUAAAUUAUCUAUAUGUUUAUACCUAAGGGCUCUUGACAAACUGGGUACAGUGUGAUAGUGGCAAACCAAUGGUUAUUGACAGAUGAAGAAUCCUUAAGAAUGGCUUUAGGAGAUAUUUUAUGGUGGGUACUUAUGUGAAAAACUCAGGAAGAGAACCUGCCUGUUGAAGCUAUAUUGGUACAUGGUAAUUUACAUAUAAAAGAGGAUGUGACAAAAAUAAUGUAUGUUCAGAAUGACAUGGAGUUUUGUUGUAGAAGAAAAGUCAAAAAGAUAAAUUUGGUAUACUAUGUAUCUUCAACUCUCAUUUUUCAGGGUUGACUUUUUUCUUUUAGUUUUAUCUAAAGGCUUAUUAGAAGGAAGAGGGCUCAAGAUACAUGUUCACAUUUUCUCACUUUUUUGAGAGUGGGAGAGAAUAAAUCUUGAGUUUUCUAGCUUGUAUUAAUCAGGAGUUGUCCUUUGCUUGGGAGGGGGGCAGUAAAGAAAUAUUUCAAUUUUUUUUCAAGAAAGUUUGGUGAAACACAGAAAAAUAUUACAAGAGAGAAUAUAGACUUCGAUUUGUUGUCUGAAAAGUGAGGACCCAAAGGUAGACUAGGAAAGUUGGAAAACUUCCUUCUUCUUUCUGAGUCAGGUCCUGGAUCAUAAAUAUGGAAGCUACACUUAGGAAUAUGGAGACUUUCUAAACAGCCAAACAAAAACUCUAAAGCAGAAAUGAUAUUUAAAGGUGUAAGCUUCAUUUUUGUUUUGAAUUCUUCACAUUGCUAUUCCUCUUUUACUUUAAAAACUAAGGGUGGUAGUGUUGUUAUCAAGUUCAAAGGUCUAAGAGUCACUGAUGCAUUGAGGUGGAUUGCCAGGUUUGACAAAGAGAAAUUUGUAGGGUGUAUAGGUGUUGAUCAGGCAUUGCUCUGCUUCACCUCAAAAGCUUGUAAAAUGCAAAGCCAGUUAACUUUGACACAACUAAAACAUACUUGUGUUUGAUUUCCAAGCAACAGUGUCAAAUAACUUGCAGAUUGUUUGCUUCCAUAAAAGAUAAGCAUACAUGUAUUAGGCUUCUAUGUCUACUAUUGGAUAUUAUACAAAUGGUAGUGAAUAAAAGGACUUACAUAGUUUUGUUUAGUUAUAAUUACCAUGUAGAUUUAGGUAUGGUGUAAAUGAUACUAAUGUAAUUAAAUUUCAGUCGAUUCUAUGUAGGUUUGCCUUUCAUUUAUAUGUAGCAUAUAAAUCAUCUUUGUAAAAUGUAUCGCCAAACUAGUUGCCAGCAUUUAUUUGGCAAAUGAUCUUGAAAUUUGUUAUUUUUUACAAGUUAAGUACCUUAUAUAUUCAAAAGUAAAUGCUGUCCUUCUUUCCAUCAGCUUUUCAUUUGUUACAGAUCUUUGUGUUUAAAUGCUUCAAAGUCUGCAUUUUUUUCCUGAAAAAAAACAACAUAGUUUUGGAGGGAUCAGUUUGGAAUCUUUGUACUCUAUGAUAUGAACUUAUCUUGAGAUCCAGCCUUUUAAAAAAUUACUUUGAAGAAUUACUAGGACAUAAUCUAAAUAGAAAUUAUUUUUUCAGAGUGGAAUUUGACUUUUUUAAGAGUCUUGGCAGAGAAUGUAAAUGUACACUAACUUUUAAAUAUCAGACAAGACAUUUAGCUUCCUCUCUAAAAAUAGAUAAAAAUUUAAUUUCAUUGUAUUAUGAUGGUAGGAAAAUGCUUCAAAGCAGGGUGGUGGGAAGGGAUGGUUAAAGUUUAGCAUUUAACAGUUCAGCAUGUAUUUUCCUAUAGCACCUCAAUUGUUCACAUACCCAUGUCUGAAAAUUGACAUACACCUUUGGUUGGGUUACAUUUUAUUGUGUUAGAUUCACUUGUGUGGAUGAUUUCAGCAGAGACAAGAAGCUGAAUUGUGACUGCCUGCCCACUGCAUUGGGCUCUGGAGUGAGAGCACUUGGCUCUGGCAGCUCCCGUUGGAUGGUAGGUGGUUGAAACGGUUCACUGACGGUCAUAGUGAGUGUUCUGGGCUGUGAAACAUGGAGCUCCUCCACCUCCAAGAAUGGCUCAUCUGCCAUUGGCUUCCUGUACGUCAGAGAGCAGCGUGAUAUGUCCAAAAUUACUGUACUGUCUGCUGAAGUGUCCCAGUCCACAUUUGUUUUAUAAUUUACCAAAGUGCUACUUAGGUAUAUAGCACUUCCUGUAGCGAGCUGGUGUAAUUGCUGCUUUUAGCAUUGUUUUAAAUGUAUGUAUCGAGUGACUGAACAGACUAAAAUCACAUAGCUCAGUGUACAAACACCAUUUUAAUAAAGUAUGUGCAUUAAACACUUCA